UUUGGCGACAUGGACCAGGUACGCAUGACCUCAGAGGGCUCCGACUGCCGUUGCAAGUGCAUCAUGCGGCCGCUGAGCAAGGAUGCAUGCAGCAGGGUUCGCAGCGGACAGGCACGGGUGGAGGACUUCUACACGGUGGAGACCGUGAGCUCCGGGACUGACUGCCGCUGCUCCUGCACAGCCCCGCCCUCCUCGCUCAACCCCUGUGAGAACGAGUGGAAGAUGGAGAAACUCAAAAAGCAGGCACCCGAGCUCCUCAAGCUACAGUCCAUGGUGGAUCUUCUGGAGGGCACCCUGUACAGCAUGGACCUGAUGAAAGUACACGCCUACAUCCACAAGGUGGCCUCCCAGAUGAACACACUGGAAGAGAGCAUCAAGGCCAACCUGAGCCAGGAGAAUGAGGUGGUGAAGGAAAGCAUGCGCCAUCUCAGCGAGCAGCUGCGGCACUACGAGAACCACUCAGCCAUCAUGAUGAGCAUCAAGAAAGAACUGUCCAACCUGGGCCUCCAGCUGCUGCAGAAGGAUGCGGCCGCUGCCCCCGCCACCGCCCCAGUCGUGGGCCCUGGCAGCAAGGCUCAGGACACAGCUGGAGGGAAAGGCAAGGAUACCCACAAAUAUGGUAGUGUGCAGAAGAGUUUUGUUGACAGAGGCCUCCCAAAACCUAAGGAGAAGCUGCUGAAGGUGGAGAAGCUGAGGAAAGAGAGCAGCAAGGUCAGAUUUCCCCAGCCCACAGCCAAGCCCCGGGCCCUGGCCCAGCAGCAAGCUGUGAUCCGGGGCUUCACCUACUACAAGGCAGGCAAGCAGGAGGUGGCCGAGGCUGUGGCUGACAAUGCCCUCAAGGGCACUUCUUGGCUGGAGCUGCUGCCACCCAAGGUGGAGGGCAGGCCAUCUGAGCCCAACUCCGCGGAGCAGGACGAGGCUAAGCCCAGGUCCUCAGAGGGAGUGGACUUGGCCCCCAGCGCCCCUACCUCAGACCCGGCCACCACCAGCUCUACCCUGACUCCCACCACCAGUCCCCUGCCCACCGAGCCGCCUUCACGUCCAGAAGUCCCCAGCCAAGGCAGAGAGGCAAGCUGUGAGGGCACCCUCCGAGCUGUGGACCCCCCGGUGAGGCACCACAGCUAUGGGCGCCAUGAGGGAGCCUGGAUGAAGGACCCUGCGGCUCAGGAUGACAGGAUCUAUGUCACCAACUACUACUAUGGAAACAGCCUGGUAGAGUUCCGUAACCUGGAAAACUUCAAGCAAGGCCGCUGGAGCAACAUGUACAAGCUGCCCUACAACUGGAUUGGCACGGGCCACGUGGUAUACCGGGGUGCUUUCUACUACAACCGCGCCUUCACCAAGAACAUCAUCAAGUACGACCUGCGCCAGCGCUUUGUGGCCUCCUGGGCGCUGCUGCCCGACGUGGUAUAUGAGGACACCACACCCUGGAAGUGGCGCGGUCACUCAGACAUCGACUUUGCCGUGGACGAGAGCGGCCUGUGGGUCAUCUACCCCGCCAUGGAUGACCGCGAUGAGGCCCAGCCAGAGGUGAUCGUGCUGAGCCGCCUGGACCCGGGUGACCUCUCUGUACACCGGGAAACCACGUGGAAGACGAGGCUGCGGCGGAACUCCUAUGGGAACUGCUUCCUGGUGUGUGGCAUCCUGUACGCUGUGGACACGUACAACCAGUACGAAGGCCAGGUCGCCUACGCCUUUGAUACCCACACAGGCACCGAUGCUCGCCCCCAGCUUUCGUUUAUCAAUGAGUACUCCUACACCACCCAGAUUGACUACAACCCCAAAGAGCGGGUGCUAUACGCCUGGGACAAUGGCCACCAGCUCACCUACACCCUCCAUUUUGUGGUCUGAUGGAAACCUGUGUUCCCCGGAGAGGGGCAGCAGUGGGGAAGGGCCUCCCCACAGCAAUGCCUGCAACUGACCCAAUCAGUACCUAUUUAUUGGGGCCAGCCCGGGGCCCAGGGCCAGGCGUGAGGUGGUAACCAGGGUCGAGCUUCCUCAGCACCCACUUGCAGAGCACUGUGCCAGGCGCUUUCCACACACUUACCCAUUUAACUCUCCCAGCACCUCCCUUGGAGGAAGAGGUCCUGAAGCCCAUUUAGCAGAUGUGGAGACCGAGACCCAGAGAGGCAGUGUCCCUUGCCUAACGCCUCAAUGGGGAUCAGGCAGGCUGUGCUCUCA